AUGAUCUUUCUAAUAAGGAAUCCACAAGUCGCCGUCAAUGUGAGGGAGGAGCUUGUGAAAGUCACGGGAGGUUCAAGACCACUCUCACUUGGUGACAAACUCAAAACUCCAUACUUCGUCGCUACACUCACGGAGAUUCAACGACUGGCUUCUAUAUUGAACGUAAAUAUUUUUCGACAAGCGGAUUCAGACACGGAAAUUGGUGGUUAUCCUGUGCCAAGAAACACAGUUGUGUCAGCAGGGUUGUCUCUCAUUCUCAGUGAUGAAAGCAAGUUCCCCAAUCCCAGUAAGUUCGAUCCCUCCCGAUACAUCUCUGACCCAUCAUUAGCAUCAAUGGUAAUUCCAUUUGGGCUUGGCAGAAGAGCAUGCCUCGGAGAGUCACUGGCUAGGGCUGAGCUGUAUUUGGUAUUUUUAUUCAUCUAUGAUGACAUAUAA